AGAAACAGAGUGGUUGAUUACAUACAAUCUCUGAGAUUCACUUGCCACUAUUAGAUGAACCAGACGCAAUGGAAAUUCAUAUGUUUCGAUACCUUCUACUGAAAUCUGUAGGGGAGAGAGAUCUCUUCACUGGGAAAUCACUUCACGCGCUCUACGUGAAGUCCAUUGUAGCUUCUUCUACUUAUCUCUCAACCCAGUUCGUGAGUCUCUACUCCAAGUGUGGUUGUCUUUCCUACGCACGAGCCGCUUUCGACUCCACGGAAGAACCCAAUGUCUUCUCUUACAAUGCAAUUAUCAAAGGUUAUUUGAAAGAUUCGAAAAUCCAUAUUGCACGUCAGUUGUUCGACGAAAUUCCGCAACCAGACACUGUUUCUUACAAUACUCUCAUCUCCGGGUACGCUGUUGCCAGAGAAACUGUUGCCGCGAUGGUUCUGUUUAAGAGAAUGAGAGAAUUGGGAUUUGAGGUUGAUGGGUUUACGUUAUCAGGGUUGAUAGCAGCUUGUUGUGACCGUGUCGAUUUGAUAAAGCAGCUUCAUUGUUUCGCUCUCUCGGGAGGGUUUGAUUCGUACUCGUUUGUGAAUAACGCAUUUGUUACGUAUUAUAGUAAAGGCGGGCUUUUGAGAGAGGCGGUAUCGGUGUUCUAUGGGAUGGAUGGAUUAAGAGAUGAAGUUUCGUGGAAUUCGAUGAUUCUGUCUUACGGGCAGCAUAAGGAAGGAGCAAAGGCCUUAGUUUUGUAUAAAGAAAUGAUCUUUAAAGGAUUCAAGAUCGAUACGUAUACAUUGGCAGGUGUUUUACAUGCUCUCACGAGGUUGAAUCAUUUGAUCGGUGGCCGUCAGUUCCACGGUAAGCUUAUAAAGGCUGGAUUUCACCAGAAUUCACAUGUGGGAAGUGGUUUGAUUGAUUUUUACUCAAAAUGUGGGGGUCGUGAUGGUAUGUCUGAUAGUGAGAAGGUGUUUCAAGAGAUUCUAUCGCCGGACUUGGUUCUUUGGAAUAAGAUGAUUACUGGAUAUUCAAUGAACGAGGAACUCUCUGAAGAAGCUGUGAAGAGUUUUAGACAGAUGCUACGUAUUGGACACAGACCUGACCAUUGCAGUUUUGCCAGUGUCACACGCGCUUGCUCGAAUCUCUCCUCUCCUUCUCAGGGCAAGCAGAUUCAUGGCUUGGUGAUCAAAUCUCACAUCCCUUCGAAUAGAAUCUUUGUGAACAGCGCAUUGAUUUCGUUGUAUUACAAAAGCGGAAACCUGCAAGACGCAAGGCGGGUAUUUGAUAGAAUGCCGGAACUUGAUGCAGUAUCUUUCAGUUGUAUGAUUAAAGGUUAUGCGCAGCACGGGCAUGGAACAGAAGCUUUGCUUUUAUACCAACGGAUGCUGGACUCGGGUAUUGCGCCUAACAAUAUAACCUUUAUAGCCGUUCUUUCUGCUUGUGCACACUGUGGUAAGGUCGACGAGGGUCAGACGUACUUCAACACCAUGAAGGAGACAUUCAAGAUCGAGCCAGAGGCUAAGCACUAUACUUGUAUGAUUGAUCUUUUAGGCCGAGCAGGGAAGCUAGAAGAGGCAGAGAGAUUCAUAGAUGCAAUGCCUUGUAAGCCAAGCUCUCAUGCUUGGGCUGCGUUGCUCGGGGCUUGUAGUAAACACAAAAACAUGGCACUUGCAGAGAGAGCAGCUAAUGAGCUUAUGGUGAUGGAAUUGGAACCAUUAGCUUCCGCGCCGUAUGUGACGCUAGCAAACAUGUAUGCAGAUGCAGGGAAAUGGGAAGAUCAUGCCUCGGUGAAGAAAUCAAUGAGGGGGAAAGGGAUAAGGAAGAAACCGGGAUGUAGUUGGAUCGAAGUGAAGAAGACAAUGCAUGUAUUCCUCGCAGAAGAUCGGUCUCAUCCGAUGAUACGGGAAGUGAAUGAAUAUCUAGAGGAGAUGAUGAAGAAGAUGAAGAAAGCUGGGUAUGUGAUGGAUAAGAAAUGGGCAAUGGUAAAAGAGGAUGAAGCAGGCGAAGGAGAAGAAGAGAUGCGGUUAGGGCAUCACAGCGAGAGGCUAGCGGUGGCUUUUGGGUUAAUGUCGACAAGAGAUGGAGAAGAAUUAGUUGUAAUGAAGAAUUUGAGGAUAUGUGGGGACUGUCACAAUGCUAUCAAGUUUAUGUCUGCAGUUGCAGCGGAGAGAGAUCUCGUCACUGGGAAAUCACUUCACGCGCUCUACGUGAAGUCCAUUGUAGCUUCUUCUACUUAUCUCUCAAACCACUUCGUGAACCUUUACUCCAAGUGUGGUUGUCUUUCCUACGCACGAGCCGCGUUUGACUCCACGGAAGAACCCAAUGUCUUCUCUUACAAUGUAAUUGUCAAAGCUUAUGCGAAAGAUUCGAAAAUCCAUAUUGCACGUCAGUUGUUCGACGAAAUUCCGCAACCAGACACUGUUUCUUACAAUACUCUCAUCUCCGGGUACGCUGAUGCUAGAGAAACUUUUGCCGCGAUGGUUCUGUUUAAGAGAAUGAGAGAAUUGGGAUUUGAGGUUGAUGGGUUUACGUUAUCAGGGUUGAUAGCAGCUUGUUGUGACCGUGUCGAUUUGAUAAAGCAGCUUCAUUGUUUCGCUGUCUCGGGAGGGUUUGAUUCGUACUCGUCUGUGAAUAAUGCGUUCGUUACGUAUUACAGUAAGGGCGGGCUUUUGAGAGAGGCGGUAUCGGUGUUCUAUGGGAUGGAUGGAUUAAGAGAUGAAGUUUCGUGGAAUUCGAUGAUUGUGGCUUAUGGGCAGCAUAAGGAAGGAGCUAAGGCUUUAGCUUUGUAUAAAGAAAUGAUUUUUAAAGGAUUUAAGAUUGAUAUGUUUACAUUGGCAAGUGUUUUAAAUGCUCUCACUAGCUUGGAUCAUUUGAUUGGUGGCCGUCAGUUCCACGGUAAGCUGAUCAAGGCUGGAUUUCACCAGAAUUCACAUGUGGGAAGUGGUUUGAUUGAUUUUUAUUCAAAAUGUGGGGGUCGUGGUGGUAUGUCUGAUAGUGAGAAGGUGUUUCAAGAGAUUCUAUCGCCGGAUUUGGUUAUUUGGAAUACGAUGAUUUCUGGAUAUUCAAUGAACGAGGAACUCUCCGAAGAAGCUGUGAAGAGUUUUAGACAGAUGCAACGUAUUGGACACAGACCUGAUGAUUGCAGUUUUGUCUGUGUCACAAGCGCUUGCUCGAAUCUCUCCUCUCCUUCUCAGGGCAAGCAGAUUCAUGGCUUGGCGAUCAAAUCUCACAUCCCUUCGAAUAGAAUCUCUGUGAACAACGCAUUGAUUUCGUUGUAUUACAAAAGCGGAAACCUGCAAGACGCAAGGCGGGUAUUUGAUCGAAUGCCGGAGCUUAAUGCUGUAUCUUUCAAUUGUAUGAUUAAAGGUUAUGCGCAGCACGGGCAUGGAACAGAAGCUUUGCGUUUAUACCAACGGAUGCUGGACUCGGGUAUUGCGCCAAACAAUAUAACCUUUGUAGCCGUUCUUUCUGCUUGUGCACACUGUGGUAAGGUCGACGAGGGUCAGAAGUACUUCAACACUAUGAAGGAGGCAUUCAAGAUCGAACCAGAGGCUGAGCACUAUUCUUGUAUGAUUGAUCUUUUAGGCCGAGCAGGGAAGCUAGAAGAGGCAGAGAGAUUCAUAGAUGCAAUGCCUUGUAAGCCAGGCUCUGUUGCUUGGGCUGCGUUGCUCGGGGCUUGUAGGAAACACAAAAAUAUGGCUCUUGCAGAGAGAGCAGCUAAUGAGCUUAUGGUGAUGCAACCCUUAGCUGCCACGCCGUAUGUGAUGCUAGCAAACAUGUAUGCAGAUGCAGGGAAAUGGGAAGAGAUGGCCUCGGUGAGGAAAUCAAUGAGGGGGAAAAGGAUAAGGAAGAAACCGGGAUGUAGUUGGAUCGAAGUGAAGAAGAAAAAGCAUGUAUUCGUCGCAGAAGAUUGGUCUCAUCCGAUGAUACGGGAAGUGAAUGAAUAUCUAGAGGAGAUGAUGAAGAAGAUGAAGAAAGCUGGGUAUGUGAUGGAUAAGAAAUGGGCAAUGGUAAAAGAGGAUGAAGCAGGCGAAGGAGAAGAAGAGAUGCGGUUAGGACAUCAUAGCGAGAAGCUAGCGGUGGCCUUUGGAUUGAUGUCGACAAGAGAUGGAGAAGAAAUAGUUGUAGUGAAGAAUUUGAGGAUUUGUGGGGAUUGUCACAAUGCUAUCAAGUUUAUGUCUGCAGUUGCAGGUAGAGAGAUCAUUGUAAGAGAUAACCUUCGGUUUCAUUGCUUCAAAGAUGGCAAGUGUUCAUGUGGGGAUUAUUGGUGAUAAUAAUUAUGAUUUAAUUGA